UCACAAGACUCUCUCUUUCUCUUUUCUAUUUUCGGAUGUGGAGUGUGAAGCUCUUUCAUCUCUGCCUCCUUUUAAAUUGUCUUCGCAACAUGUAUGAUCAAAUCUAAGUUAAUCAGCAAUCACUAGAAAUUCAUCAAAUAUUCUCAUCCAAAAAAAUAAAGAGAGAUUAGAUAUAAUUACAAAGUUUGGGCGGUGCUGCUGUGGACUGGUGGUGGCAUCAGGUGUGGUGGUGGUCUGCUUUUGCUACACUGCUGUCUGCUGUUCUGCCGCAGCCCAACUCCUCCUAAGUUUGAGGUCUUCUGUUGCCGUAGGCCUAAUUUCAAAAUGAGCUGGUGGUGGGCUAGAUCUGUUGGCGCUGCAAAGAAGAAAUAUGAGGAAGAUUAUGAAGCACCACGAAGCUACCGAAGUGUAGGGUUAGUGAUUGGUGUGACUGGCAUUGUGGGCAACAGCUUAGCUGAAAUCUUGCCACUCUCUGAUACCCCAGGUGGGCCUUGGAAAGUCUAUGGUGUGGCACGUCGUCCACGCCCAAAUUGGAACAAAGACCGCCCAGUUGAGUACAUCCAAUGCGAUGUCUCUGACCCAAAAGAAACCCAAACCAAACUUUCCCAACUCACUGAUGUCACACACAUCUUCUAUGUCACAUGGGCUAAUCGGCCCACUGAGUCCCAAAACUGUGAAACCAACGGUACCAUGUUCCGUAACGUGCUAAGUGCGGUGAUACCUCAUGCGCCAAAUCUCAAACACAUAUGUCUACAAACAGGUACCAAACACUAUGUAGGACCCUUCGAAACCUUUGGCAAAAUUGAAAAUCAUAGCCCACCUUUUAUGGAGGACAUGCCACGUUUGAAUGUGUCCAAUUUUUAUUACACUCAGGAAGAUAUUUUGUUUGAGGAAGUUAAGAAUAAAGAAGGUUUGACUUGGUCAGUUCAUAGGCCUAAUACUAUAUUUGGGUUUUCACCCUAUAGUUUGAUGAAUAUAAUUGGCACACUUUGUGUGUAUGCGGCUAUAUGUAAGCACGAGGGGCUUACUUUGAAAUUCCCUGGAAGCAAAGAGGCUUGGGAGUAUUAUUAUGUGGUUUCGGAUGCUAAUCUUAUUGCUGAGCAACAAAUUUGGGCUGUGGUAGAUCCUAAUGCGAGGAAUGAAGCAUUUAAUUGUAACAAUGGGGAUGUGUUUAAGUGGAAGCAUCUUUGGAAGGUGUUGGCUGAGCAAUUUGGGAUUGAGAAUGAUGGGUUUGUGGAGGGUGAGAAAGUUAGCUUGGUAGAGUUGAUGAAGGAUAAAGGUCCAGUGUGGGACAAGAUUGUGAGAGAGAAUCAGUUGCAACCUACAAAGUUAGAGGAAGUUGGAGUUUGGUGGUUUGCGGAUGUAAUACUGAAGGGAGGGGAUUAUGUGGAUAGUAUGAAUAAGAGCAAGAAGCAUGGAUUCUUGGGGUUUAGGAACUCCAAGGAUUCGAUGAUUACUUGGACAGAUAAGAUGAAAGCUUACAAGAUUGUGCCUUAAAAAUUAUUAUGCUACAAUAUUUUCAGUUUUCAGCAAUAAGCGGUAUCCAAAUAGAUCCUAGAAAUAUUUGUGGGAGUACAAAAUAUUUAUCAGAUGUUGUAGCUCUAAUAUUGGCAAGGGAUAGAGACAAGUCUAGUGGUAUUUAUUUUUUUGCUUAUUUAUGUGGUACUCUUUGUUUUCUUGUGUGUCCUACAUGAAUGAAUUAAUGUAAUAACGUUUGCUAGCAUGCACGCCUUUGCUUUUA